AUGAAGGACCUGGAAAUGCGAUUCCACACACAACGACUGCAAGUACUCCAAAACGUGGAGGAAUCCAAUCUUUUGGACUGGGGAGCCCGUCAAGAUUUUCAUCAGUAUCUGGACCAUUUUGAGUUCUAUGUACUGAACAGGACAGCAGAUCCUUCACCACCACUGCAUCGACUGACCAACUACAGCUACUUUCAUCUCCCCGACGAGGAUGGGCCCGAUGGUUUGUGUUGGGCAGCCACGUUGUUUUACAAAUACUAUCAACAACCAAAUGCUACAGCCUUGUCACAUGUUCUGUUUGCCUAUCUCAGUCGAGAUUGGGGAGCCUUUUCGGUCGAGUGGACGCAUGGACUUUAUCUGCAUCCAAACUACACCAGGCGACUUGAAAUCAAACAAAAGGAAUCAUCUGUGAAUUCACACUUGACCUCUGGACUAAUUCAAAGACAACAGCCCUACCAACCAAGGCCGGUCCUGCUGUACAUAAGCUACCAGAAAUGGGAUUUUCGCAUACGCCAAUUGCAGUCUCUGCACAAACGAUUGCAAGUACCCAACAGCUAUGAGCGACUGUUGGGCCUUGAUAAUGUCCAUCCAGAUGCCUGGCAUCCAUUGUCUCGUGCCCGGCGGAUUCGUCGAGGCAUUCUCCUAUUUUGGCGCCACAAGCUACGAAGACUUCCCCUGAACUCGGAUAUGCAGCAUUUGCAGGACGGAAUGCAGUAUUUGCACAACAUAAGUCAAGCCAAGUUUAUGCUUUCCCCUGUAGGUUGGGGAAUGGAUUGCUACCGGAACUAUGAAAUGUUGUACAUGGGCACUAUUCCUGUGAUUGAGACCCGGAAUCGCACCCAUGACAGGUGGUUUCGCAUUUUUGAUGCUCUUCCGGUGGCAUUCAUUGAUCACUAUGACAACUUGACAAAUGAAUGGCUGGAGGCGGAAUACAGGAGGAUAUUGCAGGGCUCCUAUCGUUGGGAAAAACUGACCAAACAGUACUGGGUGAAGUUUACCAAGGCUUUUAUGGAAUGA